CUCCUACAUAAAAGGGAUGGCAUGGCAUGGUUCAUAGAAACAUAUAAUCUCAACCAAACGCGUCACUCUUUUAUUAGUUUUUCAAGAUUAGAAGUGAACGUCACAGAUUUAUCUCCAUUUUCUAGAUAAAUUCACUCAUUCAUUCAUUCUUCUCUCUCAAAAAUCCCUUUAUCCUCCUUCAACUCUUUCAAUAAUGGCUGUGGCUAUGGCUGCUUGUAGCCUUGGACUUCACCUCACUCCUGAUAAUAAUAAUAAUAAUAAUACUAAUUGCUUUGCCCCUAUCUUGAAAACCACUGCUAUGUAUGAUACUAGUAAACCAUGUUUCAUUCUUCACAAAACAAGAUUAUUAUCUUCAGCAAUUACGAUCGUCCCUCGAGCAACAGCUGUUUCUAAUGUCGAGGAUGGGAAUCAAAGUGUGGCUGAUACUGUCCCAACUCCUGUUGUUAUAAUUGAUCAAGAUUCUGAUCCGGACGCAACUGUCGUCGAGAUUACCUUUGGUGAUCGCCUUGGCGCUCUUCUCGACACUAUGAAUGCAUUGAAAAACUUGGGACUGAAUGUUGUUAAGGCUAAUGUGUAUCUUGAUUCCUCUGGCAAGCACAACAAGUUUUCAAUCACAAAAGCUGAUACAGGUAGGAAAGUGGAAGAUCCAGAGUUGUUAGAAGCGAUCCGUUUGACGAUUUUAAAUAACAUGAUCACGUAUCACCCGGAAUCAAGUGCACAAUUGGCUCUAGGAGCGGCUUUUGGACUUGUGGCUCCAAAGGAACCGGUUGAUGUGGACAUAGCAACUCACUUAACCAUCGCUGAUGACGGUCCAGAGAGAAGUUUGUUCUAUGUGGAGACCGCUGAUCGCCCUGGAUUAUUGGUUGAUCUUGUAAAGGGUAUUACUGACAUUAACAUUGCUGUUGAAUCCGGGGAAUUCGACACUGAGGGGCUGUUGGCUAAGGCAAAGUUUCAUGUCAGCUACAAUGGUAAAGCCAUCAUCAAGCCUCUUCAGCAGGUUCUUGUUAACAGCUUGAGAUACUUCUUGACACGGCCUUCAACUGAGGAAUCCAGUUUUUGAGUGGCACAUUGUCACAACCAAUUGCAACACAUUUUGUAUCAGUACAAUCGACCGAGUUUUAAAACAUUAAGAGUAUGUUUGGAUUGAUGGAACAUAACGAAGCGGGGCGGAAUGAAACAUGACGAAGCCGAAAUGAGCGGAGUGGAAUGAAAUAUAAAUCUCAUUUCAUUGUUUGAUUACUUUAUUGAAAAUGUUUCCUUCCAUCACAUACAUCCCAAAUUGGAUAGAACAAAAAAAUUGAGAUUUUGAUGAAAUAGAAUGAAAUGAAUUUCAUCUUGUUCUAUUCCAUUCCAUCAAUUAUUUACAAAUUCAAAUAAUAGAAUCUCAUUAAUAUCCA